GUCAAAUACUAAUUGGAUUAGCAGAAUGAAUGAAAAAGCGGACUUCUGCGAUAGGAAGAUAACAUUUUAUGGAAAUAGUUUUGCAAUGCUAAGGGGUGUUCUAAUCAACAAAACCCUGGGGGAAAUCCAGCAUAGUGGUGAUAAAUUUGCUUCAGAUAAAUACAAAUAUAAACGUGGUUUCUUUACCGUGAAUUCAACAGUGAACUUCUGGGGGACAGCAGGGGUCACCUACCCCUUCAUAAAACACCCAGUUCAUUAUAGAAAUCACCUUAAUGAAUGGAAUAAAGUGAUUAUAUCUCAGACACUCACUAACCCCAAAUAUGUCAGGAAAGAAUUUUUUAUCGCGAUAACACGAUAUGAAUACCUCAACAUAUGGCAUGCAGCAACUGAUAUAUACGGGGCAUUUCUCCUCACAAAGUUUUUCAACAAGUCCCCAGAAACUGUGAAUAUUUUAAUAGUGGAUGAUAGACCCCCUUGCUAUAUAGACCCUGUUUGGAAAGCACUGUUUAACAGUACUACAUUUUAUGCAGAUUUACCUGAUGGGACGUACUUCAAAAAUUUGGCAUGGAGCAUGGUUGGAUAUAGUACACCAAUGUCGUACCUCGAUACACCAAUCUUGCCAUAUUUCAAUGACUUUCACAAUUUCAUGUUGAGGUUAACAAAAUCAAAUAUCCACUUCUCUAUCCAAAAUACCACAACAAAUUUGAAUCAUCAAAACAUUCAAAAUGCUCAAAACAUUGCAUCUAUGAUAGACAGUGUACGAAAAUCAAACAAAACCAGAGAUUUCAAAAUGACAGACAUUUGUGAUGACAUCACAAUAGCAGUUUUAUGGAGACAUGAAUUCAAUCGCUCAAUCAAAGAUCUUGGUCCUCUGGAACGUAAAAUUUCCAAUGAAGAGGAGCUCAUUCGUAAGAUUCGUGUAAGAUUUCAGGACUUUACUGUUGUGGACUUUGACCCUGGGGACUAUACACCUCAGGACCAAGCUGCCCUAUUUACUCAAGUUGAUAUUCUUAUAGGGAUGCAUGGAGCAGGUCUGACAAAUAUACUCUACAUGGCCCCCUUCUCUGGACUCAUAGAACUAUUCCCAUUUGGGCAAAAUGAGAAUUAUUUCCGGGCACUCACCAGAUGGCGCCAGGUGUACUACAUGCGCUGGAUGAAUAUUAAGCCUGAACUAGAAAACACAAAGACACAUUUCACACAUGUUACGCCAGAGGAAAUAUUGCACUUAAUUGAUUUAAUGAAAACAGAUUUAAGAAAACAUUGUUGAUGAAAAUAAAGUGUAUUGAUUCAACCAAAAGUUUACGUUUUUUCAACCCUAAGCACAACUACAUUAGGGCUCGCCACUAGAUUUUUCUUUAUUUUUUUUCUCCAGUCUAUUGCUAUGACAACAACAGUUUCCAUCCACUUUUAUGACAGCAAACUCCAAAAUGUUUCUAUAAAACAAAGGCCAUACUUUUUCUUUGCUAACAAGCUCCACCUCCACCAAAAACCGUAAAUAUUUUAUCAUCUGUUUCUAUUUCUAUGAUAACAAACUCUGACCAAGACUGCUCCUUAGAUAUGACUAUAGAGUUGCCUCUAUGACAACACAAUCCACCUAUAUCCAUGACCAUGAAGAACACUUACC